CUCUACAUAGUGUUUGCACUUUGCAGUUGGCCUGCCAAGCACCAAGCAGCUGCAGUACCUAUGUGCGGUCGGUGUGUUUUUUCGAGCAGUGCUCUUUGCCAAACUUUGGUCAUAACCUAAGCUCUAUAUACACGAAAACAAUCGAGCGAACCCGUUCUAUAAUGCAAUAAAUGGUGAUCAGCUCGAAAGAGGCAGUAAUAAUCCCACUCAUGGAUGAAAAAUGGACUCGCAACAAUUCAACGAAUAAACAUUGUCAGUUGCAGGUAGACUAUAAAAUGCCUUGCUGGUACUACGAAAAGAAAGAGCUCCGUAAUACACCUUCCAUUCAGGAUGGAAUUGACUAUGAAACAGAGUGUAGAUACAGAAAAGAAGGUGCACGAUUCAUCAUUGAUGUUGGCACAAAAAUGGACCUUGGUUAUAACACCAUGGCCACCGGUGUUGUGUACUUUCACAGAUUUUACAUGUUUCACUCCUUCAAAACAUUUCCUCGAUACGUGACUGCGUGCUGUUGUUUAUUUCUGGCUGGCAAGGUAGAGGAGACGCCUAAAAAAUGUAAAGACAUCAUUAAGACUGCAAAGACCCUGCUUACCGAUCAAAAAUUUGCAACUUUUGGGGAAGAUCCAAAAGAAGAAGUGAUGACAUUAGAAAGGAUUUUAUUGCAAACCAUUAAAUUUGAUUUGCAAGUUGAGCAUCCUUACAGUUAUUUGUUAAAAUAUGCCAAAUGUCUCAGAGGGGAUAAAAAUAAACUGCAGAAGAUGGUCCAAAUGGCAUGGACAUUUGUUAACGACAGCUUAUGCACUACUUUAUCACUUCAAUGGGAGCCAGAAAUUAUAGCUGUCGCUCUUAUGUAUUUGGCAGGAAAGCUAAGUAAAUUUGACGUCGUCGAUUGGAAUGGCAGGCAAUCAAAGCAUUUGAGAUGGUGGGAUAUGUUUGUUGAAGAUGUAACCAUGGAUUUGUUGGAAGAUAUUUGCCAUCAAGUCUUGGAUUUAUAUUCCCAAGCAAAUAGUGCAAAAACUCCGGAAUCACCACCAAUGACGCCAUCUAAUGAGCCUUCCAGAGAUCGACCCACAGCACCACCAUCCAUCAUGGAUUCCGCUUCGAGCACACCUAAUGCUGGAACUCCGGUGAAAAUUCCAAAAACUGACUCUGUGUCUAUUUCUGCAAAUGGAUGUGCACCCAUGGAUGUGCCAGACGCAACAAAACCUAUGGAUAUGCCGAGUCACUUUCCACCAUAUUCAGCUGCAUUUGCCCAAGGGAAUUCAUCCUUUCCACCUGUCUUUCCACCUGCUAAUAUAACAGUACCACCACCACCUGUAAAUCAUAUAGUGCCACCAAUGCACAUGAAUGUUCCUCCAGGACCCAUUCGUCCAUCACCAGCUCCGGGACCUGGACAAGUACCACCACCAUUUCAUCAACAUGGCCCAUAUCCGUAUCCACCAAAUGCAAACUACUUUCCAGGUGGUGCAUCAGGACCUCCGCCAAAUCCAAGAUACUAUCCACCUCAAUCGUAACUUGAGCAUAGAGUGAGUGAAUGUUAGACUUGAACUAAUUAUGAAUCUAUUCAGGAUUCCUUGGUCGAAUGAAAUCGAAUGCGGCAUUUUCGCACGACUAAUUUAUAACUCAAGAAAACACUGAUACAACUGCCUAUUAAAAAUUUUAUAUUUUGAAAUAAUUGAGGCUAAUUAAUGAUGUUUGUGAAAAUAUUCUCCAAUGAAUGAGAGAUCUAUUAAUCUUUAAAUUAAUCAAUUCUGUAUAAAUAGUAACAAUUACAUGUACAAAUUUCCUUUAUUAAAAAAGCUUGAUCCUCCAGCUACGAAAUUAGGAAGAGUUUUACCUAAUAAAUCUGAAAAUAGCUCUAGGAGUGGAUGUGCAUUUUUGGAAUCUAAUGUGAAUGUAUCGGUGUAUAGUAUGUACAUAAUGCAAUGCAAAUCAGCUAUUUCCGAGUAGGAUAAUACUGAAAAAAAAAAAAAAAAACAAUCA